UAUUUCCCUGAUGAGUUUCCCAGAAACAGCAAUCUCGAGAGUAAACUAUUCGAUCUUUAACAGAAAAUUAAUAACUAAAGAAUACUAAGUUUGGUGACGAUAAAGCAGCGGCGCAGAGACGAUGACAGACGAAGGCAGGAGGAGAGACGUGCGAGGACUGGCGCUGCUGCUGCUGCUGUCAUGCCUCGCACACGAGACUUCUGUCCACGCCGUGAACAACAUCGACGAAGGGUCGUUGGUUCGGGUGCGAAGGCAAGGAAUUUCAACACCUCAACUCAUCCCCGGACCUGUGGGGGAACUAAACGUUCCAAUCCCCACCAACAUCGCAGUCUUUGGGGGUGCUAACGCAGUGCCGGACUCCUGCCCCCGCAACCGCGUGGCGGUGGAGGAUGGAUCCUGCCAGCAACUCCUGACGCAGGGCAACUGCUCGGUCAAUGAAUACGUCCUGCUCAACCCAGAGACUAAUAAGGGCUACUGCGCUCCUCGCCUCUGCCCCCCCGACCGCAUCUUCAUCUUCAGCACGCAGCUCUGCCACGACCCCCGCGAGCUUAACAUCUGCCCACCGGGACGGGAGCUGUUCGAGUCGAGCUAUGGCACGCCGGUGUGCCAGUGUCCUGACGGCACCUACGAAGGCGACGAUGACCUGGACGAUGACGUGUGCGAGCCGCUGCUGGGACAGAUCGCCAACUGCCCUCCAGGCCAGGUCUUCUGGUUCCGGUCCCUGGACAUGGGCCCAGAGUGCGUCCCCGAUCCUUGCAAUGGACUCAACCUCAAGAGGGGACCCAACGACCUACCCUUCAUACCGUCGCUGAUCAACGGCAAAUGUUUCCAGAUGGGGGCGUCCGUAGGAGUCUGUCCCAACAACACCUGGUAUGGUCUCGCCCUGGACUCGCUGAAGGGGGUGUGUGCCACCUUGGAAGAAUUCGGGUACAACGUCUUUGACCCUGAGACUCUACGCACUUUAAUCAGUACCUUAGGACCCACAAUAACAGAAGGGUCUGAUCCGGUAGGGGCUGGAGUUGCAGGUGCAAGUGCGACAGUAUUUCCUGACGGUGGCGUACAAGCCUCAGUUUCUGUAGGAGGAAUACAGACGUCUGCGUCAGCUGGAGGAUCACAAAGUUUCUUGCAAGCUACUCCCGGGACUCAAGUUAGUUCAUCACUACAACCAGUCGAACAAAUCAACCAAAUUCAGCAGCAGAUAACCUUGCUGCAACAACAACUUAAGAGACUGCAAGAUACUUUGGGGCAGCAAAGCAUCCAAACUACUUCACCUGCACAACGAAGAACUAACGGCGUUGGUGUAAGAAAGCUUGAUAUUGGUGAAAACUUGAUUACUUUGAAUGGUCGCAGCCAAACGCUGUCUAAUCAAGCAGGAACAUCGCCAAUUUUCUCAUCUGCCUCAACUACAUCAUCUUCUUCUCUUCUCUCCUCGCCGUCGGUUGUAAGAGCGAAACUGGAGUCACGUAUUACUGAUGUGAGUGACGCUCCUUCGUCAGUACGAACGCCUCAUUCGAUAGCUCAACCUUCUCCAUCGUUAUCCCAUCGUUUCUCCACAACCAGCAUAGGGUCAUCACCUCGGCCUAAUCCAUUCACCAGUCAAACAACCGCGCAAGUGCAACCACCCCGAAUAACCACCACCGUGGGGCGUGAUAGGGCCAUUACAUUCCCCAACGGUAAUUACCCGCCAGCCAACCGAAGAGCAAAUACCCAUUACUCCCCUCAGAACAAUAGACGAGUCCUCUCGCCCGCUCAGACUCGUUCCAACGUACAAAUUCAAGUUCAACCUUCCGAUUUUAUUCAAAUUCAGCAUCAUAAUCCACAGCAGCGAAUUCAUAAUUCGAAUUCACUGGAGCUGCACACCGCGUUCGGAAAACCUUUCGCCGGUCAGGAACUUAUCAGCGCUCGGUCGCCGGCGUUCAGGAGUGGAGUGAACAGUGCGCAGGAGUGGCAUGGCGGGGGCCCUUCGUUCAUUCCGAAUGACUCCCUAGAACAAUCUUUGUCCCCUAACUUCUUCCUUGGGGGUCGGAGGAAGAGGUCAACCAACCUCACUGACGAGGGCCCGACGGCUCGGCGCAUCCGACGUCGCCGGUCGCCUCUACCGCACGCGGCGCCGAGCAACGUCUUCGAGAGCCGCCUUGUGGGGUGCCGUGGCGGUGCCAUCAGGGACAUCAACGCCAAGUGUCGCAACACGAUCCUACCAGCUCGCAUCCCGAAGCGCCCCGUACGCGCCGCCCCGCCCACCCCUCCCCUCCAGUCCUGCAACGGGGCCUUCAACAUCUUCAGGCGCUGUGUGCCCCAAGCCGAUGCCCAAAAUUCCGUCAAUGCAUUUGCCCUCGGUUGAGGCGCUUCCAAUUUCGUUUAGCUGCAAUUUUUCGCUGAAUUUAUUUAGCUAUAAUGCUAGGUAAUUUUUUAGAAAAAAAUUAGAUAUUUUAAAAAUUAUAUUGUGCUCUCUAGUUCGGAUAACGAGAACAGACUUUUAUUCAAUGGCAGUAAAGGGAAGAGGACGAUGAUCAGUGCAGGCUUGGAAACGAGAACGUUUUUAAUGGAAUUUAAUAUUCAUUUAAAUAGUUAAAGUAAUUAAAAGACUUAU